GGGAUAUCUUUCUUAUAUAGCUUAUUGGGAGGUUCGACAAACCAUUGUAAGUAUUCCAUUUAAUUUUCCUUUGUGCAUUGCAUACUAAUUCUAGUGGAUACCUCUAACCGAUCACACUAUCAAAUUGAGGUGUAACGAAGCUAGUGUUGGUAUCUAUUGCCUUUUGUUUUCUUUUCUUGCAUACAUAUAUAUAUUGAGGAGGCGGCAUAGCCCCUCAGAUUUGUCUUGAGAGAGAGGCGGCGGCAUAGCCCCUCCAGUCUGUUUUUCUUAUUGCAGAGCGGUUCCAUAGCUCUUAAUCGGUCAAAGCGAAGGUUCAUGCUUGUGGUAUAUCGUAGUCCUCGCUCAAACCGGCUGCAUCGAUCUAGCUCUCCACCUCGUGUUCGAAGCAAUCUUCGAGCUUACUCUCCACCAAGCAGAUAUUCUCAACCGUACUCUCCACCAAGAACAUCAAUGGCAGAUGAGGAAGCUGCUCCGGUUAGGACUCUUCAGGACUAUUUGAAUCCGGAACGGGUCACUCAAUUGUCACCGAUAGUUUUUCCACGGCCCACCACUGUUGCAAACACAUUCGUGUUCAAAUCAGACUAUCAUCGUUGCAUUCCAUUCUUCCACGGUAUGGAGCGCGAGGAUCCGUACCAACAUAUCCGAGAAUUUGAGGAAGUUCUCCAAUCGUUUGUUAGCGGGGAGGUGCUUCUCAACCAAGCAAGAUUGAGGCUUUUUCCUUUCACUUUGAAGGAUAAGGCUAAGACAUGGUUUCACUCUUUGAAGCCUCAAUCUUUGAACACAUGGGGGGAAGUGCAAGAUGUUUUUCAUAAGAAAUUCUUCCCAGCAAGCCGAACAAAGCUCUUGAUGGAUCAAAUCCAGGGUUUCAAGCAACGUGAGGGAGAAGCUUUCCAUCAGUAUUGGGAGCGUUACAAGGAUUUGCUUUCUGCGGUUCCUCACCAUAAUUUUGCCUUGUAUCAACUGAUUCACUACUUCCAUAUGGGCUGCACGCAACAAAGCAAGCAACUGCUCGACACCAUGUGCUCCGGAGGAUUCAUGAAUAAGUCACCCGAUGACGGUUGGGAUUACUUAGAUGAGUUGGCCAAGAAGUCUUUGACUUGGAAUUAUGAAGAUGUUGGUGAUAGAGCUAUGGCUAGCCAAGGUCCCGGUGGCUCCGGAAAGUUCUCCAUAAAUGAGCACAAUGCUAUCGAAACACGGAUGGAGCAACUAGCACAAAAGUUGGAGAAGUUGGAGUUGAAAAGGAUAAAGGAAGUUAAGGCAGUGCAAGCGGUAGAGGAGAUGUGUGCUAUAUGUGAAACAUCGGGCCAUUCCACCGACAAUUGCUUGUCUAUUCCCACUUUCAGACAUCAUUACGGUAACCUCAACCUUCCGAUCGAAGAAGUUAGUGCGGUAAACCAACGAUUUGAAUCUUUUCCUCAAAACUUCAACCAAAGUCAACGACAACAUCCGGGAUUCCGUUGGAACAAUCAGAUUGAAGGCGGACCAUCUCAAGCACCUCCCGGUUCUCAAAUGCAACCAUGGCGGUCUGCUCAAGGCCAAGGGCAGCCUCGUUUUCCACAAGGACCGCCAGGUUUCGCACCGUCUGGCCCGUUUCAAGGAUCUAACCAAUAUCAACCCCCGCCAAGGCGAUCUUUGGAGGACACUCUCCAAUCCUUCAUGCAAGCUCAAUCGAAUUACAAUGAGAGUAACACCCAAAUGAUGGGGGAGUUGAAGAACCAAAUGGGAAAGAUAACCACAUCUAUAGGGCUUCUCCAACAAGAAAAGGGAAAGUUUCCGACCCAGCCACAAGCCAAUCCACAAGGUCAACUUCUCAUUGGUAAUUCUUCCAUACCACCGCCCGAGCAAGCUCAAGCAAUUAUCACUCUAAGGAGUGGCAAGGCGGUUGACAAUCUCGUUGUCAAUCCGCCGGCUACACCUAUCUUAGAACCAGCUUCGACAUCAACAAGUUCUACAACGCUUGGGGAAUCUCCCAAGUCAUCUCCGGAGGAAGACGGGGAAUCUCCCGUUCAAGUUUCAAAGGAGGCCGACACCACUCCAAGCCCACAAGUCUCUCCCUUUCCUGCGCCCUAUCCUUCUCGACUGAAAAAGCCGGCUCACCCAUCCAAGGAUGCCGAUAUUCUUGACGUGUUCAAAAAGGUAAAUGUUAACAUCCCGUUAAUGGAUGCUAUCAAGCAAAUUCCUUCUUAUGCCAAGUUCUUGAAAGAUCUAUGCACUCAGAAGCGCAAGCUCAAUGUGCACAAAAAGGUGCUUCUCACCGAGCAAGUUAGCCAAAUUUUCCAAACAGAUCUUGCACCUAAAUACAAAGACCCCGGAUGUCCUACAAUUGCAAUUACUAUUGGGGGUAAGAGAGUAGAGCAAGCUCUUUUGGAUUUGGGUGCGAGUGUCAAUUUGCUACCUUAUUCGGUGUAUCAAGAGUUGGGUUUGGGGGAGAUGAAGCCUACACGGGUUACUCUUCAAUUGGCGGAUAGGAGUGUUCGAAUUCCUCGUGGUAUGGUGGAAGAUGUAUUGGUCCAAGUUGAUCAAUUUGUAUAUCCGGUGGAUUUUGUUGUAUUGGAUACUUGCCCGACGUCUUCAUCGCCAUUGUCUACUCCUGUUAUUCUUGGGCGGCCGUUUCUAGCAACCUCGGAUGCUGUAAUCAAUUGUCGGAAUGGGCUAUUGAACAUGUCCUUCGGCAAUAUGAAGAUGGCGGUCAAUAUGUUCAACGUUGGGAGUCAAAUGGGAGAUGAUGAUGAUGUUCAAGGUGUCAACUGUAUCGAUUCAUUAGUUCAAGAUCAUGUGGAUGAACUCUUAUCCAAGGAUGAUUUGGAGGCAUGUCUUACCGCCGAGGAAGCCGAUUUUUUGGAAUCGCCGGAAGUUGCGAAUCUUUGUUCCUUGCUAGACGAGGAGGAAGUUUGUGGGGUGGAACCGUGGAUUCCUACCUUUGAGAAGUUGCCACUAAUUGAGGGAAAAACUUUGCCAUCUAGUGUCGAGCCGCCUAAGCUUGAUUUGAAGCCCCUACCUGACCAUUUGAAGUAUGCCUACCUUGGCGACAACAAAACUUUUCCGGUGGUGAUAUCCUCCACUCUUGAGAAUCUUCAAGAGUUGGAGUUGCUUGCAUUAUUACGGCGGCGUAGAAAGGCUAUUGGGUGGACUAUAGCCGAUAUACAAGGGAUUUCUCCUUCCCUUUGUACUCAUCACAUUUAUCUUGACGAUAAUGUGAAGCCAUCGCGGCAACCACAACGACGGUUGAAUCCUAUUAUGAAGGAUGUAGUGCGUGCGGAGGUGUUGAAAUUGUUGGAUACAGGGAUAAUCUACCCAAUUGCUGAUUCUCAAUGGGUGAGUCCUAUCCAGGUGGUGCCUAAAAAGUCGGGGGUAACAGUUGUAAAGAAUGACCAAGAUGAGCUUGUUCCAACUCGGACCGUCACCGGGUGGCGUGUUUGCAUUGAUUACCGCAAGCUAAAUGCGGUAACCCGUAAGGAUCAUUUCCCUCUCCCGUUCAUUGAUCAGAUUUUGGAAAGGGUAGCUGGCCAUGCCUUCUAUUGCUUUCUAGACGGCUACUCAGGGUAUAACCAGAUCGAGGUCGCCAUGGCUGACCAAGAAAAGACUACGUUUACUUGCCCGUUCGGGACCUUUGCUUAUAGGCGCAUGCCAUUCGGCUUGUGCAAUGCUCCCGGCACUUUUUCGAGGUGUAUGAUGGGUAUUUUUAGUGACAUGGUGGAGAAGAUUGUUGAGGUCUUUAUGGACGAUUUCUCGGUAUUCGGGGACUCUUUUGAGUCGUGUCUAGCCAAUCUUGAUAAGGUGUUGGAACGAUGCGAGGAGAAGAACCUUGUUCUAAAUUGGGAGAAAUGCCAUUUCAUGGUAACGCAAGGCAUCGUGUUGGGCCAUAUCGUGUCAUCGAAGGGCAUUGAGGUUGAUAAGUCAAAAAUUGAUCUCAUCGCCAACCUCCCUACUCCCAAGUGCAUCAAGGAUGUCCGUUCCUUCCUCGGGCAUGCCGGUUUCUACCGGAGAUUUAUCAAGGAUUUUAGUGCUAUUUCUCGGCCAUUAUGCCAUCUGCUUUCGAAAGACGUCCCUUUUGAGUGGACGAAUGAUUGUGAGGAAGCUUUUCGGAAGCUUAAGUCACGCCUUACUACUCCGCCUAUUGUGCAAAGUCCCGAUUGGAACCUCCCGUUCGAACUUAUGUGCGACGCGAGUGACUACGCCGUCGGGGCUGUUUUAGGCCAAAGGAGGGAGAAGCAGCCUUAUAUUGUCAACUAUUUGGUAACGGGGUUACUUCCAGCACAUUGGAUUUCUCAAGAGCGGAAGCAGUUUCUUUCAAGGGUGAAAAGGUUUUCUUUUGAUGAUCCUUACUUGUUUAAGUACUGUCCAGAUCAGAUUAUUCGGCGAUGUGUUCCGGAUUCUGAGUCUUGUGACCGGUGUCAAGCUUUGGGCAAGAUCACCCGACGCAACGAGAUGCCCCAAAAUCCCAUCCUAAUCAUUGAAGUCUUUGACUGUUGGGGCAUCGAUUUUAUGGGGCCUUUUCCUACAUCAUUUGGCUACCUCUACAUUUUGCUUGCCGUCGACUAUGUCAGCAAGUGGGUGGAGGCAAUCCCUACUCGUACCAAUGAUGCUCGGGUUGUAGUCGAAUUUCUCCGAGAGUACAUUUUGGCACGGUUUGGGAUGCCAAGAGCUAUAAUCAGUGACCAAGGCACGCAUUUCUGUAAUAGGUCGUUUGCGGCUUUGAUGAGGAAAUAUGCCAUUGUGCACAAGGUAUCGACGGCUUAUCAUCCCCAAACUAAUGGACAAGCUGAGCUAGCUAAUCGGGAGAUCAAGGGCAUCCUUGAGAAAACGGUUGAUCCAAACCGCAAAGAUUGGUCACUUCGGCUGAUCGACGCCUUGUGGGCUUAUCGUACUGCUUACAAAACCGUGUUGGGAAUGUCGCCGUAUCGGCUCGUUUAUGGAAAGCCUUGCCAUCUUCCGGUGGAAUUGGAGCACAAAGCUUAUUGGGCGAUCAAGAAAAUGAAUGCCUCCAUGCCGCUUGCCGGUGCUAAGCGGAAGCUUCAACUCAAUGAACUCGAGGAAAUAAGGUCCGAUGCUUAUGAUCGCUCUAGUUCUUAUAAAACCAAAGUCAAAGCUAUGCAUGAUAAAACAAUUCUUAGAAAGGACUUUGAAAUAGGCCAAAAAGUGCUUUUGUACAAUUCUAAAUUGCAUCUGUUUCCGGGCAAGUUAAGGUCCCGUUGGGCUGGUCCUUAUGUUGUUAAAUCUGUCGCCCCUCACGGGGCCAUAGAGAUUGAGAAUGAAUCCAGUGGGAAUGUUUUUAAGGUUAACGGCCAACGACUUAAGCCGUUUCUUGGUCAUUUUGAAGUUGGCGAGCCUGAUGAGGAAUUGGGCGAUCCCAUUUAUUCUGAUGCUCUUGUUUCUUAGC